CAUCUUGCUACGAAAUAAUGUGUUACUUAGUUUGCUAAACUGCUUUGACUAUUUUCUGUGCUUUCUCCUGCGGAACAAAUGUUCUCUUUUGAUAUUUGCUCGGACAACAAUAACGAACGGAACAAUCGCUGCAAUUCUGUUUAUGAUACCGGGAGCGAAGUUGUUACAGCUGAUAGUCAGCUUGUUUACAUUUCAUUAUAUAUUUGUAAGGUUAUUUGGCGACCGAAAUUCAGUUUUCAAUCUGUUGCAGUUGCAGCCAGAGCCUUUGCUUCCGAGUGUCGUUGAUUAUGGUGUAGACGGAGCCCUUUUCUCUGAGACAGCAGGAGAGAGCGCGGGGCAGCCAUGCUGACGUUGGCCAGUAAGCUGAAGAGGGACGAGGGGGUGAAGACUGGCCGGCCCCCUGGGGGCCCCUCCGACUCCUCUCACAGGGUCUCUAUCAGGGACCGACUGCUCAUCAAAGAAGUUGCAGAACUUGAAGCCAACCUCCCUAGUACGUGUAAAGCCAGCUUCCCUGAUGAGAACAAGCUACACCACUUUCAGCUUGCUGUCUCUCCAGAUGAAGGCUACUACCAGAGUGGAACGUUCCAUUUUGAAAUAGACGUCCCUGAAGCCUACAACAUGGUGCCUCCCAAAGUGAAAUGCCAGACCAGAAUAUGGCACCCCAACAUCGCUGAGACGGGGGAGAUCUGUUUGAGUUUGUUGCGGGAGCACUCUAUCGACGGCACGGGCUGGGCCCCUACCAGAACGUUAAAGGAUGUAGUCUGGGGAUUGAACUCCUUGUUUACCGAUCUACUUAACUUUGAUGACCCAUUGAACAUUGACGCGGCCGAGCAUCAUCUGCGUGAUAAGGAGGAUUUCCGGAAUAAGGUUCAGGAUUACAUCAAGCACUACGCCAGGUGAUGACUGCAUCAGCUGCGCCGGCUGCCUGCAACCCCCCCCUCCCACACCCACGUCUGUGACUGCGCAGCUGAAUCCCGUCCCUAAUGUCUCAUCAACCAACUAACCGCUGCGCACCGCUGACACGCCCCGGCUGCAAUAAGACGUCGCUGGAAGAAGAAAAGAUUAAACACGUUUUUUUUAAGUUUGAGGAGGGACUUGUUUAUUGUCCUGAGUGGACCAGAGUAAUCAUCUGUCACAACAGGGAUCGUCCAAUGACUGGGCUUCUCGUUGUGUCUGAGCCAAUCAGAGUGGGCGCCGGAGGCAGUGAGGACCCGGGAUUUAAACAAUCCAGUUAUCUGUUAUUUAAGAAUCGGCGAAUCAAAGAGAAAGAUGAUCUGUUUCGUUUUUCUCAGUUCUAGUGCCUGCCAUGUUUGUGUUGCAAAGAAAAUGCACGCGAGCGCACACGCACACACAGAAUCCCUUCACGCACAUUGAGAAACAAACAUACUCAACUAGCUACUCACAACACAAAGCACUUGGCUGUGCAUGCAAACACACAGCUGGAAAAACGACAUAUCUGUUAUGUCACUCGUUCCUGCCCACCCCCAACUCACCAGACAGCAUGUGAAUGACAAGUGCCACCAACCCAGUCCCCAUUCUAGUCAUUCCCCAUUUGACCCAGUCAGUCCCCAUUCCAGUCAGUCCCCAUAUUGUCCAUUUCGCUCUGGAUAUGUCUGAAAAGGCACCCUAAUAAUCCCAAUAAUCCCAACCCUAUAGGCCCUGGUCUAAAGUAGUGAGUGCAUUAUAUAGGGCAGGGUUAUUCAACUCUGACCCUACGUGGGCCGAAGCCUGCUGGUUUUCUGCUCUACCUGAUCAUUAAUUUUAUCUACCUGGUGUCCCAGGUCUAGAAUGGAGAAAGGGCAGUGGAGCUGGUUUGAAGGUCCAGAGUUGAAUACAAGGGACAUGGGGAAUAGGGAACCAUUUUAGACUCACCUCAGACACGCCCACUUCCUGUCUGUUCUGUUCACUCAUCCAGAGGGGAAACACUAUGUACCGGUGCCCGAGACGCACUGUAACACU